AUGCCAGAUAUCCCCUUGGAGUUGUUGGCAACUCAUGCCAAUGCCUAUGCAUCUGCGAAUGGAAUUCAAGUUGAGCGUCGGAAGAAGGACGAUCCAGCCAGUGCUUAUUUCGAGUGUGCACCGAUGUCACUGCUCCCAAAUGCCUACCCUAAGGAAGCCUUCGACCAAGCACAGUCGGUAGCCACUGCCUUUAAUGAGCUCGUUGACCGUGUGAGUCGCGAUUCUGAGUUUUUGGAGAAGACACUUGGCGGCGGUGUUGCCGAGCACGAUCUGUUUACUGCUAAAAUUCUUAGUCUAUACAAGGAAGUUUACGGCAACGACGACAGCGUUGCUCAUACUGCUGACCGGCUUGGUAUCCAAAGAAGCGAUUACAUGCUUCAUUCAGUCAAGGAAGGAGAACCAUACCGGUUGAAGCAAGUUGAAUUGAACACCAUUGCUGCGUCAUUUGCUGGUCUAGCAUGUAACAUCGCCGACCUUCAUCGGUAUUUGACAACGAGAUUCGCACCAGAAAUCGAAGACUACCUUUUGACAAACCAGAAAAUAGUCACAGCUUCCACAGAGAGUGCCCCCGGAGUUCCUGAGAAUCCUGCGCUUUCUCGUAUCCCUGCUGCCAUGCAAAUUGCCUUUAACCGAUAUUGCAAAAAGUUUUCCGGUGGAGACAGUGCAAACAAGAUUGUCUUGUUUGUCGUGCAGGAGGGAGAAACAAACACUGUUGAUCAAAGGAUGCUUGAGUUCCGACUAUUCUCCGAUUUUGGAGUUCCCGUAGUGCGCAUGUCGUUGACCAAAGCUUCCAGUGAGAUCACCGUUAGCGACGAUGGUGCGUUGAAGCUUGGAGAUAAAGAAAUUGCAGUUGUGUACUACCGUGCUGGGUAUGCUCCCACAGACUAUCCAGAUGGUGACGAUGGUAUUGAAUGGAAGGCCCGCCUUACACUCGAGAAUUCGCGGGCCGCAAAGUGCCCAUCACUUGGUUACCACUUGGCAGGUACCAAGAAAGUCCAACAGGAAUUGGCUCGACCGGGAGUGCUGGAGCGUUUCUUUCCUAAGGAAGAUGAAAAGGAAAUGGUCGAGAAAAUGAAAUCAGCCUUUGCCGGUCUUUACAGCCUUGGUGAAGACGCGGUCCCAGAAGAUAUUGACGCAGUCCAAGAAGCGCUUGGAGGGAAGGAAGGACAAUUCGUGUUGAAGCCCCAACGCGAAGGUGGAGGUUACAACUUUUAUGGGGCGCAGUUGAAGGAAAAGUUAGAAAAGAACACCAGCGAGGGGAGUGACGGUUCUCUAAAGCUCAGUGAGAAUCUUGCGGAAUACAUUUUGAUGCAACGUCUAUUCCCCCCACAGCAACGAGCUAUUCUCUUGCGUGGCGGCAAAGUUGAGGGCAGUGGUGACAGUAUUUCAGAGCUGGGAUGUUAUGGCACUGUCGUGGUCGACCCAGUGGGAGAAGUGGUUCACAAUGAAUACGCUGGCUUCUUAUUGCGAACAAAGUUCAGCAAUGUCGAUGAAGGAGGUGUUGCCUCCGGCUUUGCUACGCUAUCUAGUCCAUAUUUGUGCUAA